UGACUGCGAAAAGUCGACCGAGGAGUUAUUAAUUUUUCAAAUUAUAAUUUUGAAAGUUUCUUUACGGUAGAAAGUAUGGCUGCGGUCAAAAGGAAGAAGAAGGGAUUGAAGACAGCUCCUUUUGACAUCUAUAUUUACAUUGCUUGUACGGGAGAGAAGUUCUUGCUAAAAAAUGUUCACGCCGAGAUGAAGAUUCGGGAACUAAAAUGUUACGCAGAACUUGUUGUGGGAAUACCUUACAACUUGCAACGUUUACAGUAUCUUGAUGAAGGAGAUAUGCUAGAUGAUUCAGAUUUAAGACACAACGAUGUCGUAGCAGGAGCCACGAUUAAUUUGAAACUAUGGAGAAUGUGGGAUACACUGGUUGCUGCCGUGUGUAGAGGUUCAAUAGAUCAAGUUCUAAACGAAGGAGUUGUGGUCGAGAAGGGGUGGGAAUCUUUAGAUCCCCUGACUUACAGAAACAAGGUUGCUCUUGCCAAGGAUAGAGCUUCAGUUGCACUUUUUAUUGCUGCCCAUCGUGGCAGAAUUAACUUGAUAAAAAGUUUGAUAGAUAAUGGAGAAGCUGAUGUAAAUAUGAAGACACCGUUUGGACGCACGCCGCUGCAUGCUGCAUCCUCUCAAGGACAUUCGAACACGAUCGAUCUGAUGCUCGAAAAAGGAGCAUCUAUGGACGAAAUUGAUGUUCAAGGCAAAUCUGCCCUGAUGAUAGCGAGUCAGUGGGGCUUCAAGGAUAGCGAGAGACAUUUAUUUUUAUUUCAAUGGCAGACAAGAGCGGCCAAAACCAAGCAUAGGAGAGCGAGUAAAUCUCUUAUGAUGCAUCAACAAUUCGACUCCUCUUUUCCAACGUGGUUGAAAGGGAAAUAUUCACAAGUGUACUUUUGUCAAACUCUGCCUCCAGGAGAGUUUGCCGGGACCGGGAUCAGUGCUCCAAGGAGAAGACCAGUGGGAGAAGCUAACCAACUACGAGAUUCCUUCUUUGAACAAUCUUCCUCUGAUCUUCUCGAACACCAGUUGCCUCCGAUUGAAGGAGGGAUGGGAAUCGAUGGUGCAAGAUACAGCUUGGGAGGGAAGCCAGUGCUUCCACACAUAAGGUCCAAGGAGAGACUUGCAAGCAGUAAAUCACGAGACAGUUCCAAGUCUGCAACAUUUGAUGAGUGGCUAGAGGACAAAAAGUCCAAGAAACAGCAACAACAAAAGAAGGAAAAAGAGGCAAGACAAAGGAAAGAGAUGGAAUUAGAAAGCAAAAGACAAUCAAGGAUGGCAGGCAAAAGCUUUGAAGACUGGAAAAACUCAAAAUCACAACAAAAGCAAGAGCUACCAGGCAUUGAAAAAAGAAGAGAUGAUAUAGUACGAGAAGAACCAGGGCGCCAAUACAGUCUGACUUUUGAACGUUGGUUAAGCAAAACAGGAACCUUAGAUCUUCACAGUCUCAGCAGCUGAACAUAAAUUGAAACCAACUGUUACACAUUGAUGCACAUCAAGCAUCAAGGGGGAUCUACUGAUGAAUUUGUAAUUGAUUCAUUAACCCUUUAACUCCCACGAGUGACCAAGACAUAAUUUCUCCUUACAAUAUCAAUACAAUAUUAACCAGAUAAUUAAUGAGAAUAAAGAAAAUAUCAAUUUGGAGAUAAUUAGUUGAUUCAAUACUAAAUUCUCUGAACUAACAUGAUAAGAAUUGUAUGAUUGAUGGUAAGAACAACAAAUUUGAUCUGGGAGUUAAAGGGUUAACAGCAAAUUCUAACAUUGAAUCCAUCAAUGAAAAUGUUAUGCCACUAACAAAUUAAAAAUGCAUCCUCGUAAGAUCACUAUUAUUUUUA